CCGCACACUUCCCUUUCCUCCUUUAUCUUUCCGUUGCUGCUCCUUCCUAGAUCACCACAACCACAGCACCGCCACCGCACCUCUUUUUCUCUUCCUCUUCCCUCCAUCAUCACCACAACCCCGGUCCACUGCCUCCUCCUUCUCUCGUCAACCACCGCCGCACGAACCUCCCGAGUUGGGGCGGGCACAAAAGGCCGUGGCGAGUCUGGGACCGCAUCCGUCCUCCAUCCCUCGUCGGCCGCCGCUACUGCUUAUCCUCUCUCCUGUCCUGGCCUCGUCUCCCGCGACUGGUGGUGGAAAGCCAUGGGUGGUGGAGAGGAGGAAGGAAGGUAGGGGAACAACGGGGAAGAGGAUGGACGGGGGCUUCACUCCCAGAUUUUGUGCCCCGAGCCAUGGAUGGCUAAGAGAAGGAAGUGUCCUACGCUCCUUUCUCAGGUUUUUUGCAAUGGUGCUUCUCCGCUGGAUGGGUACAGCUAGUUGAGGUUAAUUUUGUUGUCGUCUUUCCUUCGUACAUCAUCGCAACAUUCUCGCUUUCGCAUUGAAGGUUUGAUGUCACUCCUUGUGCUUGCCUGUAAGAUGUUCAAUGAAAUGUCUUGUGCUAACAGUGUUAAUUUUGUUAUCGUUCUUUCCUUCGUUCAUCAUCAGAAUCUAUUUACCAUGGUUACCUUUUGUUCCAUGGGGUCUAGAAUCAUCUUUUUUUAUAGGCGAAGCUAAAUCCAUAGUUGUUUUUGUAUUCAGAAUAAUAGAAAUAAAAUUUAAAGAAACACAAGUGUGCAGGCUGCCAAUUUAGUCCUCGUGUACAGCCACUUUUGAUUUUUAGUUCAUUGGUUAAUUCAGAAUCUAUAAAUGAAUUCCUCUUUGCUUUAUGGAUUCCCCGCUUUUUAGGGGGACGCUCGAUUUCGCUCUUCGUUGGCCCUUCGAUCGAUCUUUUUAUGGUCAACCGUGUCCACUUAGCCGUUCGAUGUUGUCUGCUUGUUGACUCCCGUUUUCAUCCCGUGGUUGAUUUUUUCCACGUCCAUGACUGGUGGGCUCUUCUGACAGCGCUAUUGGCUGGGUGAAACGCAGGCGGGUGAGAACGAGCCUGUCCUCGCGCGUCGCGCGUUCGAUCCGCCGCUCGCGCCAUGCGUCCUGGACCCGCUGCUCGCGUCGUGCGUCUUGGGAAGCCGCAGAGGGUGGUUGGACGACACAUGCGCACCCGCUUUGGACGCUCUACACGCGAUGACAGGUGGUCCCGUGCUGCUACUGGCCUCGCUCGUCGGCUGCCGUAGCUAGACUCCUCUGGGAUGGGUUGGACGGGAAGGUCAUGCGGCGUGCAUCACGGAGGGGCCGCGGUGUGUCGUGCGUCCUGGAGGGCCAGUGCAGGGUGCGCUGGGCAGGCGCAUGUGCACCCCGGCUAGUUCACACUCCCGCUUUUGCGAUGACAUGUGGCCCCAUACUGCUGCUGGUCCCAUCCGUCGGUUGCAGCGGCUGCAUUGCCUGGGCAUCUCGUGGCGAUUUAGUCUCACGGUCGCGGGAUAUUUCCUCGAGUCAACUACUCCGGUCGCGUCGUUCCUCACACGCUGCCCGCGUCGUGCGUCGUGGGGAGACGUGUGAGCGCCAUGCCAUGGGCCCCUCCUAUGCGAGGCGUGCGCCGAGCCUGCGCGUCCUUUGCGGGCGUGCUCGUCUAUCUCUUGUGCAGGUUGGCUCUCUCCCGUGGGUCGAUGUAUGGUGGGUUUGGUCGGUCUCUUGGGACACGUGCCUUCGCCGCACUGGUGGGUCUAUUCCCGAGCUGCAAUUGUUAACCGCUGUGGAGAGAGACCGCGCACUUCCCUUUCCUCCUUUAUCUUUCCGUUGCUGCUCCUUCCUAGAUCACCACAACCACAGCACCGCCGCCGCACCUCUUUUUCUCUUCCUCUUCCCUCCAUCGUCACCACAGCCCCGGUCCGCUGCCUCCUCCUUCUCUCGUCAGCCACCGCCGCACAAACCUCCUGAGUUGGGGUGGGCACAGAAGGCCGUGGCGAGUCUGGGACCGCAUCCGUCCUCCGUCCCUCGUCGGCUGCCGCUACUGCUUAUCCUCUCUCCUGUCCUGGCCUCAUCUCCCGCGACUGGUGGUGGAAAGCCGUGGGUGGUGGAGAGGAGGAAGGGAGGUAGGGGAAUAACGGGGAAGGGGAUGGACGGAGGCUUCACUCCCAGAUUUUGUGCCCCGAGCCAUGGAUGGCUGAGAGAAGGAAGUGGCCUAUGCUCCUUUCUCAGGUUUUUUGCAAUGGUGCUUCUCCGCUGGAUGGGUACAGCUGGUUGAGGUUAAUUUUGUUGUCGUCUUUCCUUCGUACGUCAUCACCACAUUCUCGCUUUCGCAUUGAAGGUUUGAUGUCACUCCUUGUGCUUGCCUGUAAGAUGUUCGAUGAAAUGUCUUGUGCUAACAGUGUUAAUUUUGUUGUCGUUCUUUCCUUCGUUCAUCAUCAGAAUCUGUUUACCAUGGUUACCUUUUGUUCCAUGGGGUCUAGAAUCGUCUUUUUAUAGGCGAAGCUAAAUCCGUAGUUGUUUCUGUAUUCAGAAUAAUAGAAAUAAAAUUUAAAGAAACACAAGUGUGCAGGCUGCCAAUUUAGUGCUCGUGUACAACCACUAUUGAUUUUUAGUUCAUUGGUUAAUUCAGAAUCUAUAAAUGAAUUCCUCUUUGUUUUAUGGAUUCCCCGCUUUUUAGGGGGUCGCUCGAUUUCGCUCUUCGUUGGCCCUUCGAUCGAUCUUUUUCUGGUCAACCGUGUCCACUUAGCCGUUCGUUGCUGUCUGCUUGUUGACUCCCGUUUUCAUCCCGUGGUUGAUUUUUUCCACGUCCAUGACUGGUGGGCUCUUGUGAUGGCGCUAUUGGCUGGUGAAAGAACAUGCGGUGCCCCCAUGUUUGGUUUUGGUAAUUGAUAACAAUCUCUAUGGACUAAUGGUUGUCUUGAGUUGUAUUUGAAGGAUUUGUCUAUAGGCUUUUCUUGAAGUCCAUGUG